GAAUCUAAUUUAAAUCAAAAUAUAUAAAAUCAUUUUUGUAUUACUUUGCGAUGAACGAUGAUGAUUCAAUUAAAUCGAACACAAUAAAUGUCUCGGAGAGAUUGGAAAAUUCUGUAAACACAGAUAUAAUUCCGGAUAUACCACAAGAUAUAAUAUUCCCAAACGAAUUGAAUCACUACUUAAGGGAGCAAUUAAGGGUUAAUAUUUUCAAAAAAUUGAUAAUAGUUGUUACAAAGAAAUGUUAUUUUUAGUUUUACGUACAGAAAAAUGGUUUAUUACAACAAAAUCUCGAAGAUCUCGAAAUUAGAUACAGUCAAAGUAAAGAAAAUUUGGAAAAAUUAGUAGAAAAACUUAAUAAUUAUGAAAAAGUUGCCGAUAAAACGAAAUUUGCUAAUUCGUCUCAAGUAGCUACGUAUAAAAUAGUAGAAUUAAGUAAAAAAUUGAGGGAGAAAAAUUCCGAAAUGGAAUCCCUAAAGACUAAAUUUUCUAAAAUGGAAAAAUAUGCUUUCGAUUUAAAACAACAAUUAGAAAAUGAGUAUCCAGUACAAGUAAAAGAAAUAGCAAAUCAUGAAACGUCCCCCGGCACGACAUCGGACGAAGAAAUAAAGAAACUGAACGAAAAAAUAACAACUCUCACGAAUAAAUUAGCAGAAUCUAAUAAUUCGAAUUUGCAACUAAAGAACGAAAUUAAAUUAGCCAAAAAGAUUGUUCAACAAGAAACUGGUGAUAAUUUUGAAAAUUUGCAAAGUUUAAAUAACUCAAAUGGUUGGAGGGGUCGCGCGCAAACAAUUAUAGAUCUUCAACAAAAAAACGCAGAGUUAAAAGAAAAAUUAAAAGUUGCUCAAGCUAACAAUCCGGUAGAAGUGAUGCCAAAUCUCCCCAAUAAAUCCGAGAAUCUAUUAAUUGCUUUAACAAAAGAACACGAUGAAUUGAAAUUAAAAUACGAAGAAAUAAAAAAGAAACACGACGUCUUAAAAGCCAGACAUAAGGUGAUCGAUAUUGAUUACACAUUGCUAAAAUCUAAAUCGGCAAUGCUUAAAGAACAAGCUACUAGAGACCAAGAAAUUAUAACUUCACUUUUGGGACAACUAAAUACUUCGAAAGAAAUGAAAAAUGAUUUAGUUUCACAAAAGGAACGUACUAUAACAAAACUUCAAACUGAGAAAAAAAUACUGUUGCAAGAAAUAGAAGAAUAUAAAUCCGUGAUUAAACAACAUCAAGAUAAACUUAAAGAAAAGGAAAAUAAAAUUUCUGAGCAAACUAUCAAUGAUAAGGUACCUGUGUGUGACGAAAAACUUUUAGAAUUUAUUCAACAGUGUAAUCAAAAAUUGAAAGCCGAAAGAGAAGCUCACGCCAAAACUCAAAAUUUAUUGAAAAUAGAAAAACAAAAAGUAGUGAAAGGUGAAGCAGCUCUAGCGAGAUUGGAACUCGAAGUAUCUACUAGAUCUACCUACAGUUCAACUAGUACGCUGAGAGCUUUGGAUACUAGCUUGAAGGAUAAAUUAGAAUUGGCAGAAGAGCAGAUAAAAGCGUUACAAACUAGAUUGGAGAUUGAACAAAUGGAAAGAAAGAAUGAUUUACAACAAUUUGGACAAAUUUUGAAAAGUUACGAAACCAAAAAUACCACUUCGGAAUAAUUUCUUGAAUAUAAUUUUUUUCUCUUUUAAAAACUAAGUAAACCUUGUGAAAAUAAAGUCAUUUUUUGUGUUUUUGUUUUUAUUUCUAUACAUUUACAGCCUACUUUUGGAGGAGUCUGCGUAUUUUGAAAGCAGAACUAUUAGAUGUAGUCUUGUACAAAAUAUCUUUCAGGUAUAGGUGGUGCAAAAUGACCGUAAAGCCUUUAUAUGAUUUAUUUUAUAGGUUAUUUUCUAUAGUAGGAUGUACUUUUGGAGCUUUGUGCCUUUUAAGACCUCUAAACAGCUUUCUUUGAAUAAUCAUUGUGUUACGUUUUAAAGAAAUUGUCUAAAACCAAUUCCCUUCCUCAAAGGGUACCUUCGAACGAUCCAGGGGUAGUUUUUGUCAAGGUUCAGAAGAACUGAUCGAAACUCUUCCUCUUAUGAUACCCUGGACUCUUCACGAAUAAUUUUGGGUGAGGGGUUUGUGCUUAUGGAGACUUUUAAUCAGCUUAUUUCGAACUAUCAUUUCAGAAAAACUGACCGAAACCAAUUUUCCCUUCUUCCCAGGAUACCUUCGGACGUUCCAGGGGUAGUUUUCGCCAAUUUUCAGAAAAAUUGGACGAAACUCUUCCUCUUAUAAUACCCUGUACACUGCAGGGUCAGUUUGGGAAGGGGGUUGUGCAUAUUGAGGCUUUUAAUCAGCUUAUUUUGAACUAACAUUGAUCGAAACCCAAUUUCCAUAAAAAUUGUGGGGGGCAGAGUACUGAGUCACCAACUUUGUACAUAUUCAACACACUUUUUAAUUAAUUUGAUUAAUAAAACAAAAUUAAUUAUCAAUACUUUUAUUUAACACAUUAUAAUAACUAUGAUUCACAAAAUUAAAGCAUUUAAAGGGGGGUAUUUUAAUAGAAAUUUAGUAAAUGUUAAACGAAAUUUAUUGGAAAUAAUGAAAAUGGUGAUGUACAUAAUGAAAAUUGAAAAAUUUAGUAUGUAUUUCCCGAAUAGCAUGCACCGAACUAUGUUUAUUAGUUUUAUCCAAUUUCCGGAUGGAAAUAAUCCCAUUUCUGAUUCAAUUAAUUUUAUCCGGGAAUGUAAUCAUCGAAAAAUGAAGAAAAGACCAAAUUUUAUUAAUAAAAGAAAGCACCGAGUUUUUAAUGAGAAAAAUUUUUUUAACUAUCCUAUAUAUUAUUGUAAAAGACAUUUUUUUCUAUAUUAAUUUAUAUUUUUUUUUUUUAAAUAAAAGAAACAUUAGUUUUGG